GUCGGCGGAUUUACACGCAAGCGAAGUUGGCGAGGGAGUCUGAGGGCAAGGACCCCCGAAGGGCGUUGAUUCCUGUUGCAUGGUCUCUAGUUUUCGGCAUCUUGGGGCUGAUUGGCAUGAUGAUGAAGAUUCGACAGGUCAGCUUCUGCACAGACAGGGAGCCGUGGCAGUGGAACGGUAAAGAGAUACUGAUGUUCAUUGCGUUCUGCAACAAUGUCGGUGGCAUCGUAGACACCAAGAUGGAGCGCAUGGACGCAGUCUUGGUCUUGCUGUUCGGCGGCGUGGACGCCGAAAUCGUGCCCGAGGAGCGUGGCCACGCGAACGAAGUGUAUGACCAGAUCUUUGAGGCCAUCUGGGUCUGGAACAACAGCAGGGACGUGGACGAGGAGGAGGGGCUCAGCGGAUUCGACAGGCUUGUCCUCGCUUUCACUUUCGGCGGCGCGGACUUGCAGAAGCUGCUGGUGGAAGAGCUGGAGUACGAGCCUCCGCCCACCGACGGUGGCGAGGGCGGCGAGCGGCAGACGCCUCAGGCGCGGACGCUGGGGAGCAUGCCGUUCAGCGGGGGCCUGCGCAACUACGCGGGCGUCGCGCAGGCUCAUCUUUGA